UUCCGAAUGGUGUAAAUGAAGCGAGCGAGUGAUGAUGAUGGCUUGGAGGUUCCACCGACUCGUCGUCUCCUGUGUCCUGGCGGUGGCCGUGCUGAGGUGCAGCGGCCCGGUGGAAGCCGGCCGCCGGGGCGGGCUCCUGGCGAGAACGGCGCCGACCGCGGCGGACCAGUUCCUGACCGGCCACAACGAGGCGCGGAAGGCGGUCCUGGUCGGGCCGCUCCGGUGGAGCGCGAACCUGAGCUCGAGUGCGAGCGCGCUGGUGAGCCACCAGAAACAGAACAGGAGCUGCGAGUUCGCGGACCUGGAGUCGAGCACCUACGGGGCGAACCAGGCGUGGACGAGCUACCCGGUGAGCCCGGAGGAGGCGGUGCGGUCGUGGGUGGGGGAGAGGAAGUACUACAGCUACGAGAACAACUCGUGCGCCGCGGGGCACGAGUGCGGGACGUACACGCAGGUGGUGUGGAGGAAGACGGCGGAGGUGGGAUGCGCUCAGGCCACCUGUGGCAAGCGAGGGUCGACGCUCACGCUCUGCCUUUACCUUCCCCAUGGCAACGUCCAGGGGCAGAAGCCGUACUAGACUAACGUCGCUUCGAUAUGCUCAUGCUGUGUUCGAUCUUUCGUAGUGAGCGAGAGCGAGAGCGAGAGAGAGAGAGGUGGGAGUAUUCUGUGACUACAAUAAAUGAUGAAUGGAUGGCUUCGAGCCAUAAAUAAUGCUGAGUACUGUUGAGGUAAAUCUCGAGGGCGUUACAAACAUUAUAAUAUGUUAUACUCCUCUUCUACCAA